AUGGGAUUCUCUGACAGGUGGAUUAGCUGGAUUAUGAGCUGCAUCUCCACAGUAACAUAUUCUUUCAAUGUUAGUGGGCAGCUAAAAGGUUUUGUAACUCCUGAAAGAGGGAUUAGGCAAGGGGAUCCUCUUAUCUAUUUCUACUCUGCUAAGAAGGAUUCACCAAUUUACUGCGGAAGCAAAGUAGACCCUAAGGAAGCAGCUGAAUUGAAAGAGAUCCUCAGGAAAUAUGAGUGGGGUUCGGGACAAAUGAUAAAUCUAGAAAAUCCUCAGUGUUUUUUAGCAAAAAUGUGUCACAGGCAGUUCAGAAGAAGAGAUAACUGUGGGAGGAGGAUGAAACAAUGGCAAAAUAAGCUGCCCAGUGAUGCUGGAAAGGAAUGGGGAGAGAAGAAUGGGAAGAAGAAAAUACAUUGGUGCUCAUGGCACAAGCUUACACAGGAGAAAGAACUAGGUGGAUUGGGGUUCAGGGACUUGCAAAAUUUUAAUAGAGUCAUGCUUGGGAAACAAGUGUGGAAAUUAGUGACAGAUCAUGACUCACUGGUGGCGAAAGUCUUGAAAGCCAAGUACUAUCCCAGACAGUCCAUUUUCAUAUGCAAAGUACCACACAAUGCUUCAUGGAUCUGGCAGAGCCUAGUAGGGGUGAGGGAAAUGGUGGAAAAGGGAACUAUUAAGAAAAUUGGAAAUGGCAAAAAUAUAAGAGUGUGGGAGGACAGAUGGAUACCUGAGCAUCCACAAGGGAAAUUGAUAAUAGUGAAACCUCAGAAAUACGUAGUCCAAAAAGUAGGAGACCUGAUUCACAAUUUCAGAAGGAAAAGGCCGCUUAUCUUUAAACUGUUCCAGGAAGAGGAAGCAAAGAAGAUGCUAAGGAUUCCAAUCAGCCUGGCAAAUAGAGAUGAUUGUUUCUUUUGGCCAUAUAGUGGAAAUGGACAGUACACUGUUGCUUUUGCAUAUAAAGAGAUCAGUAGACAAAGAAGCUUACAACAACAACAAAGAGAGGUAAUAGGAGAAGGGCCAAGUUGGGGGAAGGAAAAGCUGUGGAAGCAUUUGUGGAAGUUGAAGCUGUUUAUAUGGAAAUGUAUGAACUCGGCUUUACCUGUCAAUGAAAAAAUCUAUACCAGAACCAGAAUGGGAGACCUGAUUUGCAAGAGAUGUGGGGAAGACAUAGAAACAUUGGAACACCUAUUCUUCCAUUGUAGGUUAACUAAGGAAGUGUGGCGACUGUCACCACUUCAAUGGGAUGGAUUGGAGGAAUAUACGGGAAACUUCAGUAGAUGGUGGAGCAUUUUGAUUGAAGCAAGGUACAGGUAA